UGCCCGGAGAUGCUGUCAACAAAAUAGUCUCUCAACGUCACAAACAACGUUUAAUUUAACUCAGACAGUGCAUCCAAAGGGUUCGGUGUAAAGAUGAGUUCGUUUGGAGGUCGAAUGAAGGAGUAUCCCACCAUUUCUCUGGACAGGUUCGACCGAGAGAACUUACAUGCCCGGGCAUAUUUCCUCUCCCACUGUCACAAAGAUCACAUGAAAGGACUGAAAGGACCAAUACUGAAGAGAAAGCUACACUUCAGUCGUACAGUCCGGCUGUACUGCUCCUUCGUGACCAAAGAACUCCUGCUGAGCAAUCCCAAGUACGCUUUCUGGGAGGAAUACAUCGUUCCUUUAGAGCUGGAGAGCCCAACACAGAUUUCUCUGGUUGACGAAGCAUCUGGAGAGAAAGAAGAUCUCGUGGUCACGCUGCUUCCUGCAGGACACUGUCCCGGCUCUGUUAUGUUCCUGUUUGAAGGUUCCCAGGGAAACGUGUUGUAUACAGGAGACUUCAGGUUGGCUGCUGGAGACACCUCGAGAAUAGAACAUCUGCACUCUGGCAGCAGAGUGAAGGAUAUUCAGAGUGUUUAUGUGGACUCCACUUUCUAUGACCCGCGGUUCUACCAAAUUCCGACUCGGGAGGUCUGCCUGAAUGGUAUCUUGGAGCUUGUUGGAAAAUGGAUCAGUCAGAGUUCAUAUCAUGUUGUGUGGCUCAACUGUAAAGCUGCAUAUGGAUAUGAAUACCUGUUUACCAACCUGGGAGAGGAGUUCAACACACAGAUCCACGUCAGGAGUCUGGGGAUGUUCAAGAAGAUGCCGGAAAUCCUGAGCUACCUGACGACUGACCGCAGGACACAGAUCCAUGCCUGUCGACACCCUAAGGGUGAGGAGUUUUUCCAAGGCAGCAGGCUGCCGUGUGGCUGCACGGCCUCUGACGGGACUCCUCUUCGUAUCAUGAGCAUCAAACCCUCCACCAUGUGGUUCGGAGAGAGAAUGAAGAAAACCAACGUUAUAAUAAAAACAGGAGCCAGUUCCUUCAGAGCCUGCUUCAGUUUCCACUCCUCCUACUCAGAGCUUAAAGACUUCCUCUCCUACCUCCGGCCAGUCAACAUCUACCCCAGUGUUAUCCCUCUUGGUCGGACACUGACUGAGGUUACACAGAUGUUGAAGCUGAUGUGCAGGAACCAGACUGAUCAAGCGUUCAUAUACAAACCUCUGGGAGUCCUCAAACGCAGCAUGGUGGAGAGGCCCACAUACGAGUCAGACAGCGAUGACGAGCUGUUUGACGGGCUGGACUUGGCACCAGUGAGGAAGAAGAUGGGGCUGAGCAAAGAAAUAACAAACGUGAAGACAACGGCGCCCCCUGUGUGUGUGGAGGAGUUUUUACCUCUGACUGUCACAGACACGCAGCCUGUUGCACGUAACUAUGUGGACUGCACCGAGUCCAACGAUGAAGAGGGAGAUGAUGAGGAUCAGGAGGAGGAGGAGAACCACACAAAGGGGGACACAAAGCUGAUGGAGGAGGAGGUGAACGGGGCGGUAAAGGAAAGUGAGAGGAGUAAAGACAGUGAGAUAAAGGAGAUGGAGGUAGAAGGACAUGGUUCCUCUAAUCCUCCAAAAUGGGAGGAUUUCUUCACCACGGAGACGCUGACUGACAGCCAGAACAGCCACAACAGCCAAUCCUGCUGCUCUGUCCCGAGUCCCUCCCCCUCCAGAAUGACUGGCUCACAGACGCCAGAACUGUUCAGUGAAGAAGAAGAAACCCCCGCCAUUGAUGAAAGCUUCAGUCUGACCCUGUCCGCCUCUCUGUCGAAUCAUUCCUCCCAGAACCAGGACUCGUGUUUACCUGACACCGUGAUUCUCCAGCCAGAGCAGGGGGGGUGGCAACAAGGAGACUUGAGGACCAAUACUUUCCCUCAGGAGAAGGAGAGCAACGACCAAAAGAUCCAAUCAGAGAUGGAGGAGCUCUCUGAGUCUCAGGUGUCGUCAGACUUUGAUAUUCCCUGCUCACCAGAGUCAAAAAUGCCACGACCUGAUGAACUGUCGCAGUUGUACAGGAAGCUGGCGGCAGGAGAGGAAGUGGUCACCAGAAAGCGAGACUGAAAGGACUUCAGUUCUUUCUAUUUGUCCACAGUGGAUCUUAGACUGUGGACAGCUUGAAAAAGGGGCAAGAAUUAUUGUCCUCACAGUGCAAAAGGGUCCAAAAUGAAAGUGAGAGUCACAGUGUGUUCAGACUGUGAGCAUCAGAGUUGAUGGGUCUCUGUUCUGUUCUGUUCUCCUUCCGUACAUUACGCUCAGUCAACAUAGCCAGUUAGCAAGUGCUUAAAAGGUAGAAGCGUAACCCUAAACCUGCAUGAACUCAACUGGUUAAUAUGACUUAAAUGCAUGAUCAUUUAUUAAUUUUACAAGUUGACAAGGUUGAUUUACUGAAUGCAGUUUUCUCCUGCUGACCUGCGGCCCAAUCAAGUUGAAGGAAGCCCUGGUAUCUGAGUCAGACCUCUUCCUGAUUGGCUGUUCCUCACAAAGCAGCUGCAUCCACAUUUCUCCAGACUUAAACAUCAUUUGAGAAAUGUGUAAUUACUAAUUAAUUCUUACACUAAACACAACACACACUGUGUGACCUCACCUAUAGGCUGACAGAUCAAUGGUUUAUACAUGUGAAAAACACACAAAGAGCUUCUGUAGUACCUCAUGUGACACCAUUCUUCUCCCACGUCAGUCGAACCCUCAGACCACACAAACCUCAGCAUGUAAAGCGGCACAUGAACAGUUCGUUCCAGUGCACUUUAAGUUCAACUGUGCCCUACAUGCAUCAGUACACCUGUUUACUUCACAGCUCACUUCCCCUUCCUGUUGACAGUUUGUGGUUCGUUCUGCCAAACACUUCAUGUGUUGAUGUGAUGUCAAGUAGUUUUGUAUGAAGGCAGAACUUUUGUUUCAAAUUAAAAGUAUUUAAUUUUCAAUUUAAUAUUGGCUGGAAGAUUGAUCAGUUGGGUUUUCAUCGUUAUUGAACAGUUUACCGAUUUUACUUCCAAACUUUUGU